AUGAGUACUGGAAACGAAAACUGGAGGACAAAUGCAGAAACACACAAGAUGAGUUCAGAACAAGUAAAAGCAGCAGGAGUGGAAGAUUCAAAGCGACCACCAGGUAGUAGCCAUGGCUCUGGUAGAAAUGUUCUUCACCAAAGGAAAUCACUUCCGUUCAACUAUUCAACAAUGGCUGUAGCUGGUUUGCUUAUUACAGCUGCUGUUGGAUAUUCGGUUUUGUAUUCAAAGAAAAAACCAGAAGCCACUGCUGGUGAUGUUGCUAGGGUUUCUGUUGGAGUUGCAGAUCCUGAGGACACCCACCCUAAGAAAUAG